AUGUCGUCGCGCAACCGAAGCGGCCGCGGGUCGAACCGCAACAAUGGGAACAAUGCCAACAGCGACCACGGCGAGGAGGCGCAGCUCUGGGAGUCCAUAAAAGCGCGGGUCAGCGAGGUGGUGGUGGGCGUCAACGCGGAGAGCAAGGGCCUGUCCAAGCUGGUCGAGAUGGACAAGGAGAUGGGGAGCAUGGACUCGGAGAAGAUCCCCGGCGCGUCGCUCAAGGAGAUGGAGCAGCUGUGCCGCGCGGGAGUCAGGCAGUCGGACGACAACAUCCUCAAGGCCAGGGAGCUGGUGGACCAGCUCAAGAUCCUGCGCGCCGUGUGCGUCGCCAAGGAGCAGGCCGAGGCGGCCGUCGCGGGCCCGUCCAAGAGGAGCUCGACGAGGGACAACGCCGCCUCCGCGGCUGCGCUGUACGAUUUCGACGGCGCGGGCGACUCGCCCGUGCCGAGCCCCCAUGCGUCCGGGUCGCAGCGCAAGUUCGGCGACCGUGUGAACCCUCGGGAGCGAGACCGCGAGAGCCAGAGGGGGGACAGGGACAGAGAUAGCAUGCCGCCCAAGGCGGAGAGUGUCGAGCCGCAGGGAGUCUCGACACCUCUCGGCCUGACGGGCGGCGCAGUGAGCAGAUCCAAGGUCGUCUUCUCCAAGGGGGAGUCGGUCGCCUUCAAGCCAAAGACGGUCAGCGGGGAGGCCGCCUCGGACUGGAUACUAGGCGAGGUGGCACAGGUACUGGGCGAGGGCAAGAGCCGGCGGUACAAGGUGAUUGACGUCGAGCCGGAAGAACAGAGCAAGCAGAAGGAGUACCGCACGAGCGCGAGCAGCAUGAUACCCAUUACACCAGAGAGCCAGGCCUCGACGCUGGGCCCGUGGGAGCCGAAGACGACGGUGCUGGCCCUCUAUCCGAACACUACGACAUUUUACAGGGCAGAGGUGCACAGCAUGGACGAGGAUGGCCGGGUCAACCUAAAGUUUGAGGGGGAGAACGACUCCUCGACUCUUCAGCAGGUGGAACGCCGGUUCGUCAUUGAGUAUCGACCUUGA